AUGAAUACUGUUGUAUAUGUGUCCCACGAGGUAGAGGAAGCAAAGGGUGGAUGCUUCGCUAUACGCACCGAAUCGCGUUUGCAGUUGAAUAAUUGGACCAGUCUGCAUUGGGCAGCACAGCGGGGUCACGUCGACGUCGUUUGCGCCCUUCUAAAGGGUGGUGCCAACCGACGAGCCAAGGAUGCGCAUGGCAAUAUGCCCUAUAUGGUCACCCAGCAUGCAGAGCUAGCUGCGGCACUUCGGCCCGACGCCUACUAUCCCGAAAUCCUAUCCAAUGGUUUCGUCUCCACCGACGAGGAGGACGGCGAGGCCUCUUCCCGCUCCUCCGAAGCCGGUACUCCCUUCCCCCAACGUCGUACAAAGGCGUCGCCAAGCCCACACGCCCAACUUGCCACCGAUGAGAUUUCCGCGCAGGCGUAG